CCGCUUCAUUCUCAUCCAUCACUCGUUCUCUGCAUUCACCCUCUUCCCAACAAACCACCAAAUCCUCUCAUCACCACCACCAAUGGCUCCAGCAAAGGCCGAGAAGAAGCCAGCGGAGAAGAAACCCGCGGCGGAGAAAGCCCCGGCGGAGAAGAAACCCAAGGCCGAGAAGAAGAUCGCGAAGGAAGGAGGCAGCGAGAAGAAGAAGAAGAAGAGCAAGAAGAGCGUCGAGACCUACAAGAUCUACAUCUUCAAGGUUCUGAAGCAGGUUCACCCUGACAUUGGAAUCUCCAGCAAGGCCAUGGGGAUCAUGAACAGCUUCAUCAAUGACAUCUUCGAGAAGCUCGCUCAGGAGUCUUCUAGGCUCGCUCGCUACAACAAGAAGCCUACGAUCACCUCUCGGGAGAUUCAAACCGCUGUGCGUUUGGUGCUUCCUGGAGAAUUGGCGAAGCACGCUGUCUCUGAGGGAACCAAGGCUGUGACGAAGUUUACCAGCUCUUAGAUUAGAUUUGUUUUCCCUUUUGUCUAGGGUUUCGUUUGAUCCCCUUUCGAAUUAGGGUUUUUUUCUGUUUUUAAUUAGAGAGUGUAGAUGAACCUGAAAGUUUUAAAUUUCCAGUAAUGAAAUUAAUGAUUCCUUGAACCA